AGUCACGCAGGAAGGGAAACUGGUAUUAUAACUGCACUUGCUUUGCACAGUGAGGAGGUUUUUCUUUCGCGGGGCCACCACGGCGAGGGCUCGACUACCCGACAGGUCCUUCUGCAGCUACACUCACCUCACUGCACCUUUGAGGGAUUACCUAAAAGGCUCGGCAUCCAAAACGCAAACAUGUGUAGGUUUAAGGGCUGUAUUUAGGGAGUGUUAUACAGAAAUAGAGCAUGAAACUGCACAUAUAUCUAUGAACAUUAAUGGGUGUGCUCUAAUAAAAUGGUUCUUUAAUGAUAUGCAGCCUCAUGUGGAUACAGUAUGUGUGAUACUGGUUCUCUAUAAUGGUCUGAUUGUUCAUAUGCAGCUGAUAAAUAGUGGAAAAAAGACAAAUAAAUUAAUAAAUAAACCUGAAUUCCAUUGCAUAGAUAUUUGUGUUAAAAGGAUCACAUUGCAGAUGGGAUUAAAAAUAAGAUUACUAAUGGGGGAUAUAAUAAGGAUGUUAUUUUAGGUUAAUCUUUGACUUGGAAACGUGAUUUUAUCAGACAAAGCAGCAUUUUCCCAUCAUGUCUUAUAACAAUAAUACGAUUUUAAAGGUCUUUGGACGUUAAUUAACCUGCAGGAGAAACAAAAAGCAGAGAAUUUUGAGCUCUUUUGGAUUAAACUGUGGAGAGAAUUCAUCGUCGCCAUUCAAGCACAGAGGAUCCUUUAAACCAAAAGAUUUAAUGAGUAACAAAAAGUUACUUAGCGGUCUUAUGACCAUGGGAUGUUCAGGAUCAGCAGGUCGACCACUGACCACACACACACACACACACACACACACACUAACACACACACACAUACGAGACACACAGAGAGGAAGUGUGUGUGUAUCAGAUACAUUCAUAAAAACGGUUCAUGUGUGAUCAGUUUGAGUAAUUACAGAUUUACAGAAAUGUUGUUAUUAAGUCAGAUAAUCUGGUUUUAUGUGCUGUGUGAAGGCAGGAGGGGGGACAGAGACCUGCUGGGGUUCUGGUCUAAUAACUGUGGGUCCUGCCAGUAAAGGAGGCUGGGAGACCAGUUCUUCAUUCACUGGCUUGUCUCCACCCUCACUGAUCCAUUUACUCAACAAGAUAUCACACAGUGUCACCUUGUGAGAGGUUCAUCAGGAGGAAGACAACCGCAGGGUCCUGACUCAUCCAUCUGCAGGAUCCCCAUCAUGGAUGUGACACUGGAGGGAAUUAACCCAGCGACUCCAAGAGCUGUGUUACUGGCAUGUGUGACUCUGCUGGUCUCCCUCAACCUGUGGCGGUGGCUCCGGAACCGGUCGAUGCGCUGCCCGCCCGGUCCCAUCGCCUGGCCGGUCAUCGGGAACGCUGCGCAACUUGGCAAAUCACCGCACUUGUAUUUUACGCGCAUGGCGAAGAAAUACGGCAAAGUUUUCCAGAUUAAACUCGGCUCUCGGACCGUGGUGGUGCUGAACGGGGACUCCAUCAGACAGGCGCUGGUCAAGCAGGGACCCGAAUUUGCAGGCAGACCGGACUUUACCUCCUUCCAGUACGUCUCCAACGGGGACGGCCUCGCGUUUAACACCUCCACGGACUGGUGGAAGACGCACCGCAAAGUGGCCCAGUCCACCGUCCGGAUGUUUUCCAACGGGAACCUGAAGACAAAAAAGACAUUUGAGUACCACGUCCUCUGCGAGGUCAGGGAGCUGCUGCAGCUGCUGGUGGAGAAAACGAAGGCGCAGCAGUAUUUCCAGCCCAUGACAUAUCUGGUGGUGUCCACGGCCAAUAUAAUGAGCGCCCUGUGCUUUGGGAAGAGGUACUCCUAUGAGGACGAGGAGUUUCAGCAGGUGGUGGGCAGGAACGACCAGUUCACCCAGACAGUGGGGGCAGGGAGCAUGGUGGACGUGAUGCCCUGGCUCCAGUACUUCCCAAACCCCAUCAAAACCAUAUUUGACAACUUCAAGAACCUCAACCUGGAGUUUGGCAUUUUCAUCCGGGAUAAAGUUAUUGAACACAGGAAAACCAUCCAGUCGAGCACCAUCAGGGAUAUGACUGAUGCUCUCAUUGUGGCUCUGGACCAGCUGAGCGAAAAAACAGGGCUCUCAAUGGGGAAGGACUAUGUGAUCUCCACUGUUGGGGAUGUAUUUGGAGCAAGCCAAGACACACUGUCAACCGCACUGCAGUGGAUCAUCCUCAUACUUGUCAAGUUUCCUGAGAUGCAGACGCGGCUCCAGCAAGAGGUGGACAAGGUGGUGGGCCGCAGCCGACUCCCCUCCCUCGAGGACCAGCCUCAGCUGCCUUUCGUCAUGGCCUUCAUCUACGAGAUGAUGCGCUACACGAGCUUCACGCCACUCACCAUCCCCCACUCCACCACCACGGACACCACCAUCAUGGGCUACGACAUCCCGAAGAACACAGUCAUCUUCAUCAACCAGUGGUCCAUCAACCACGACCCAGUGCUGUGGUCCCAGCCGGAGACCUUUGACCCCGAGCGGUUCCUGGACCAGAACGGUAUGCUGAACAAGGACCUGACCAGCAACGUGCUCAUCUUCUCCCUGGGCAAGCGACGCUGCAUCGGCGAGGAGCUGUCCAAGCUGCAGCUGUUCCUCUUCUCGGCCCUCAUCGCCCACCAGUGCCACAUCACCGUGGACCCAGCCAGGCCCCCGACACUGAACUACACAUACGGUCUGACUCUGAAACCUCAUUCCUUCCACAUAGCUCUAUCUCUGCGUGAAGAUAUGAGGCUGCUAGACGAGGCUGCCAAGCAGUCCCCCACGAAGGACUCAUAAACAAAAACUCAUCAAUAAAAUCAAAACUGUGAUAAGCAAAAAAACAGACUGAAACUCAAAAAGACUUAUAAACUAUAGCUCAUGUUUGUGGGCUGAAAACUAUAUUUAUAAGCUAAACUCUCAUCACUGACUCAUUCUCAAGUGUGAUAGUGCCAGGCAGGAGCAGAUGUUGCAUCUGUCUCACAGGGAAACGUGGAGUCGUGCGUACACGCCACGUCUCACACACCUGGGACGAAUCUCUCUUACAACAUCAAACACACUCUGACAUACCACUUAGCAAUUAGCAUCUCCUUUUUGAUUCUUUAAAGGCGGAGGGACUGCAGUCAGCUGCACAUCACUGGAGAUCUGUGGUCACAGGAGGUUUGAAGAGCUGCUGUAACACAGCUUUGUGAUUCUGGUGUGAAAGCGGCCAGAGUUUAUUGAAAGGUAGAAAUCCUGAAGCUUACAGGGACAGCAUCCAGUAGCGUUUUCAUGCUUUCUAUUAACAUUGUUGCUGUCAGCUCUUCAGGAAUCUCUUAAAGGACCAGUGUGUGGGAUUUAGUGACACUGUAGUUGAGCAGAUUGUAACUCACUCCCUUCACCCUCCCUUUGCAAGUGCGAGGGAGGAACUGGAGGAGAAACUACGGUGGCUGCGAAACACACAGAAAACCUGAACAAUUUUUUGGUUUGUCUGUCCUGGUAGAAAAAUGAGGAAGAAAAUGCCGGCCUACCAGGCAGCAUCUGUAGAUAAAAACAGCUCAUUCUACAGUAACAAAAACACAACAAUGCUUAUAUUCAGGUGAUUAUUCACUAAUUAAAACAUACCUAAGAAUAUAAUACUCAGUUUCUGCCAACAGAUCCUCCUAAAUGUUACACACUAGACCUUUUAUUUUUCCUCACAAGGGCUCAAUAACCCUUUCUAAUGCAAUAUCAAACUCAUAUGUGAUACUUAAAGGUAAACGAUCAAAACCUGAAGUUAUGAGAUUUUUAUGUGACACCAGAGUCCUGCCUGAAGAGGAGAAUAAGCUUAUCCAUCUAACGCCUGCUAAAAUAAAAAUGUUCAGUACUAACAUGUAGUUUGUGAUGUAUAGUGUAAGAGCUUAGUUACUCAGGAAUAAGGCCUAUGAUAUGCCAAUUACUAUUUGAAUUAGCUGUUAAAAGUAGUCUAAUAUAUUCAGAAACCUACUGUAGAGGAGCACAGACAUCAAACAGACCCGCUGCAGGCGUACUGCACUGUCUGUGAACUGCUGUCUGAUGCACGCAUGAAAAGACGAACACUAGAUCAGUGUUAUUAGUCACUUUUUAUUUUGUGAACCACAAAUGUUUUGUUAAAGUUUGAAUGUUGUAGAAUGCUGCUCCAUCCUGUCAAUUAAUUUCAAUGCUCAAGAUGCCAGUAACCAAGUGAUUCCUUCUUUGUGUCGUUUUUAUUCACAGUAAUGUUUUUAGAGUUUGUGUUGGGACACUGAGGUAUGAUUUAUUGUUUUUGUCUCAGCAUGGGAGACCAAUGCACUGAUUGUAAAGUCUUGGAUUUGAGCAUUUGUUGGAUUCAUGCAGAAGCGAUUUGAAAAUAACGUAAUCCAGGUUAAUCUCUAGAAUAAAAGACCUCCUAACAGGACCUGGUGAAAGUUUUUUUGUAUGUAACAACCCUGAUGUACACCUGUCUAAAGACAACGGAGAAGACAGUCCAGGAUGGAAGUAAAAGUUUUGUGUUCCCUCAGUGAUCCAAAUGAUAAAAUAUUAACUUUCA